AAAUCAAGCAAGCAAAGCGCUUUGUAUAGCUGCCCGCGCACCAAAAGAUGAAGCAAGCAAUGCCCAUCGCCAGAGUCUGGACGCGGUAGGCUGCCCGCGCACGGCCUGCGGCCCGCGCACAAGCGGGCAUCAUCCUGCACUUGCCGCUGCGCUGCGCUGUGCCAGCCGCUGCGCUACAGCCGCUGCCAUGGCCACCGCGCCCUAUGAAGACCGUGCCGAGGAGGUCACGUACCUGCUGGCGCAGUGCGGCCUGGCGCGCUACUUGCCGGCGUUCAGGAAUGACGACGUCGACGACUCCUGCCUCAACACCCUGACGCCGGAGGACCUCCACGACCUCGGGCUGCCCAUGGGACCGCGCGCGCGCCUCGCGCGGGCGAUCCGGGAGCGCAACGCCGCGGCAGCGGCUGCCGCACCGUCGGCCGCGGCAGCGCCCGCCGCACCGUCGCUGCCGCCUCCGCCCCCACUGCCGGUGUCGAUGCGCGCCGCCACGCCGCCGCCGUUCGAUAACGACGACGACGACGACGACCUGUGCCAGAUGUGCUGGGAUAACGCCAUCGAUUGCAAAUGCAAACACUGCGAGAAGGCCUUCUUCUGCAGCGCAUGCGUUGCAAACUGGCGGCGGCAGGGCACUGCCAAGGCGCAGGGCUCGAGCUGUCCGACGUGCCGCCAGCCAGAGGAGGGGCAGCUCGAAGUCGUGGACCUGGAGGGCCGGCCGCUCGACGCCCCGCGGGCGAUGGCGUGGGGAGGAGCCGCACCGGCGGUCGUGCCCUUCCCCGGGGCCGCGGAGGCCGAGGCGCGGCGGCGGCGCGAAGCUGAGGCGCGCGCGGCCGCGGACGCCGACGCGCUGCGACGGCGGCGCGAGGCCGAAGCGGUGCGGGCUCGCGAACGGCGCGAAGCGGAGAUGUACGCCGCUGCCGCCGAGGCGGAGGCGCGGCGGCGGCGCGAGGCCGAGGCCCGCGCAGCACUUAACGCGGCGGCCCUCGCGACCUCUGUCGCGGCCAAGGACGCAGGAGUGUGGGCGUCGCGUGCGUAUGAGGGCAGAUCCGCCGUGCGUGAGGAAGCCCAUCGGCGCGCCCGCGUGACGAAACCCUCCGACGUCGGCGGCGACCACGCUGCUUACGUCGAUGCCUACGUCGCGGCCGUGACCGGUGCCUUUGAGGACGCCGAGGCGCGCGCGGCGGACCGGGCCGCCGCGGCGGCCGCCGCGCGCGGUGCCCACGACGCGGCGGUCGAUCGGGACAACGCGGCCGCCGCUGUUAUCUCGGCCUUCGUCGACGAGGCUGUCGCGAGUUGUCGUCGGGACGCCGCCGCCGCGGCGAUCGCCGAACUCACUGAAAUUGCCGGCGAGAUCUUGAUGCUUGUCGACGCGCACGGCGGCACGAUAAGCACGACGAGCCUCGGGAACGCCUACAAAAAAUGGUAUGGGAAGGACCUCGACUAUCCAGGGAAGCUGACAACGUUCCUCAAGGACCUCCCUGGAGUAGAAUUGAUCCACGACAUUAGCGCUAGGUUUCCGUCAUGGAUACGCCGGGCGACCGCGCUCGCGCCGAUAACCAACCCCCGGGUUGCCGCCGACGUACACCGGAUCCUGCAGGGGGCGGCCGCCGAGCCGGCAUCCGCGGCGCCGUCGCGCAGCGUGAGCCCCGACCCCACGGCUGCUCCCUGGACGCCGGCGGCGGCGCCGGCGGUGCCUGCCUUCCAUUCUCACCCGGGCAUGUAUUCCUGGAGGGCCCCGCCGCCGUCGCCGGUGCCCAUGGGCGCCUAUGUCAUGCCGCCGCCCCUACCUGUGCCGCUCCUACCUGCGCCGCUCCUCAACCCGUUCGUCCUCCAGCCCGUCCCGCAAGCAAGACGGUCGCGCAACCGGGGCAAGAAGAAUGGGAAGAACGAGGUGUGUGUAAGUGAAUUCAUGUGA